GUUUCCCUUCAUAAGUUCUUAAGAAGAUCAGUUGGCCUUCAAACAUGGAUUACGACAAAGCAGCUGCAAAUUACAUCCAAAGUGAAGAAUUCUUGUCAAGAAACUAUGCCUUCCCCUUGAACUAUACCUACAGUGAUUAUGAAUUUAGUGAGGACGAUGAUGUAACCAAAACAACGACAUUUUACGCUGCAAAGAUAGUCAUUGGAGUGGCUCUCAUCUGCAUUAUGCUUAUUUGUGGCAUUGGGAACUUUAUUUUCAUAGCAGCACUUGCCAGAUACAAAAAGCUACGAAAUUUGACCAACUUGCUUAUCGCCAAUCUGGCCAUUUCCGAUUUUAUCGUAGCUAUAGUCUGCUGUCCUUUCGAGAUGGACUAUUAUGUAGUGAAGCAGCUGUCUUGGGAACAUGGCCAUAUCCUUUGCGCAUCAGUCAAUUAUCUCAGAACUGUUUCGCUUUACGUCUCUACAAAUACUCUGCUUGCCAUAGCUGUUGACAGGUACUUGGCAAUUGUGCAUCCACUGAAGCCUCGUAUGAAUUACAAGACUGCUUCAUUCUGGAUUGCCCUGGUUUGGAUUAUCUCUCUGUUUAUCGCCUUUCCUUCAGCGUAUUUUGCUACAGAAUCUGUGCUCUUUAUUGUGAAAAGCCAAGAAAAGAUAUUUUGUGGUCAGAUUUGGCCGGUUGACCAGCAGAUCUAUUAUAAAUCCUACUUCCUCUUUAUUUUUGCCAUUGAGUUUGUUGGGCCAGUUGUUACAAUGACAUUGUGCUAUGCCAGGAUCUCCAGGGAGCUUUGGUUCAAAACAGUGCCUGGAUUUCAGACAGAACAAAUACGGAAACGCCUUCGAUGCAGAAGAAAGACGGUCUUGGUGCUCAUGUGUAUCCUCACAGCUUAUUUCUUAUGCUGGGCCCCAUUUUAUGGAUUUACGAUUGUUAGGGAUUUUUUUCCUACAGUUUUUAUCAAAGAGAAGCAUUAUCUGUCUGCUUUCUACAUUGUCGAGUGCAUUGCAAUGAGCAACAGCAUGAUUAACACAAUGUGCUUUGUGACUGUUAAAAACAAUACCAUGAAAUACUUUAAGAAGAUCAUGCUCCUGAAAUGGAGAUCCACUUACAAUGGAAGUAAAUGUAGUGGUGAGAUAGACAUAAAGACAAGUGCUGUUCCAGUUACAGAAGAAGUUGACUGCAUCAGGUUAAAAUUAAAUAUUUAAUCUGCUCAUUAUAGUUCACUUUGCA